UAUGUCUCAGGAAGGUGAUUAUGGGAAGUGGACAAUAUCCAGUAGUGAUGAAAGUGAGGAGGAAAAGCCAAAACUAGACAAGCCAUCUACUUCUUCCCUCCUUCAUGCUGGGCAGGGAGCAGCAAAUGAACCAAGAUACACCUGUUCUGAGGCUAGGAAAGCUGCCCAUAAAAGGAAAUUAUCACCUGUAAAAUUCAGCACAGAUUCACAAGCUUCACCUCCCAAAAAGCGGAAGAGUGGUUCCCAGGAAGACCUGGGUUGGUGUCUCUCUAGCAGUGAUGAUGAACUGCAACCAGGAACACAGCAGAAGCAGGCUAAGAACAUGGUGGUCAAAGAAGAGAGCGGCAUCUCUUUUCCCAAAGACAGUGUCACCCAAAGAACUGGAAAUCCUGGCUCUCCUGCCCACCAAGGACUAAAAGAGGAGGAAGAGGAGUAUGAGACCUCAGGGGAAGGCCAAGAUAUUUGGGAUAUGUUGGAAAAAGGGAACCCCUUCCAAUUUUACCUCACUAGAGUCUCUGGAAUUAAGGCAAAGUAUAACUCCAGAGCCCUCCACAUCAAGGAUAUUCUGUCUCCUCUAUUUGGGACACUUGUAUCUUCAGCUCAGUUUAACUACUGCUUUGACGUGGACUGGCUCAUAAAACAGUAUCCACCAGAGUUCAGGAAGAAACCAAUCCUGCUUGUGCAUGGAGAUAAACGAGAAGCUAAGGCUCACUUACAUGCCCAGGCCAAGCCUUAUGAAAACAUUUCCCUUUGCCAGGCAAAGUUGGAUAUUGCAUUUGGAACACAUCACACGAAAAUGAUGUUCCUGCUGUACGAAGAAGGCCUCCGGGUUGUCAUCCACACCUCCAACCUCAUCCGUGCUGACUGGCACCAGAAGACUCAGGGAAUAUGGUUGAGCCCCUUAUACCCACGAAUUACCCAUGGAACCCACACAUCUGGAGAAUCAACAACACAUUUUAAAGCUGAUCUCAUCAGCUACUUGAUGGCUUAUAAUGCUCCUUCACUCAAGGAGUGGAUAGAUAUCAUCCACAAGCAUGAUCUCUCUGAAACCAAUGUUUAUCUUAUUGGAUCAACCCCAGGACGCUUUCAAGGAAGUCAGAAAGAUAAUUGGGGACAUUUUAGGCUUAGAAAGCUUCUGAAAGAGCAUGCCUCUCCUAAAGGAGAGUCUUGGCCAAUAGUAGGUCAGUUUUCAAGCAUUGGGUCUAUGGGAGCUGAUGACUCGAAAUGGUUGUGUUCUGAGUUUAAAGAAAGCUUGGUGACGCUGGGGAAGGAAAGCCGGACCCCAGGGAGAAGUUCCGUUCCUCUUCAUCUGAUCUAUCCUUCUGUGGAAAAUGUGCGAACCAGCUUAGAAGGAUAUCCAGCUGGGGGUUCUCUUCCCUAUAGCAUCCAGACAGCUGAAAAACAGAAUUGGCUCCAUUCCUAUUUUCACAAAUGGUCAGCUGACACAUCUGGCCGCAGCAAUGCUAUGCCACAUAUUAAAACAUAUAUGAGGCCCUCUCCAGACUUCAGUCAGAUUGCUUGGUUCCUUGUCACAAGCGCAAAUCUGUCCAAGGCCGCAUGGGGAGCGUUGGAGAAGAACGGCACCCAGCUGAUGAUCCGUUCCUAUGAGCUUGGGGUCCUUUUCCUGCCAUCAGCAUUUGGCCUGGACAGCUUCAAAGUAAAACAGAAAUUCUUCUCAGGGAGCAAGGAGCCAGCGGCCGCCUUUCCUGUGCCAUUCGACCUGCCUCCAGAACUGUAUGGAAGUAAAGAUCGGCCAUGGAUUUGGAACAUUCCUUAUACCAAAGCACCAGAUACACAUGGGAAUAUGUGGGUUCCCUCCUGAGAAUCUUAAAGCACUGAAAUUUCGGUUUAAGACCUCAAGCCCCAAAUAAUAGAUGUUCUAAUUUGUACUGGAUGUUCACCCUUAAAGUUUUAUCUACACCCCUAACAAAACUCUGCACAGCUCACUCUUGUGAACGUGUGUGCUGGUUAUACUUUCAAUGGUCAUUAACAGUGUCACUAAAAAAUCUAUUUUCUUAAUUCACUUUUUUAAGCUUUGGAAUGAAA